AUAAAAUUGUAGAAUAAUGAAAUGACUCCGUUCCCUUCAUCUUCAAGCCACGCUUCACUCGUCUUCUCCCUCGAAGCUUAACUGCCAUUAAAAUGAUUAUCGAGUUAUUUCCAAAAUCUCACCAGAUCUGUCUGCCAUUACUCUAACUUUCCCAAUAAAAUCAUUGCAUUGUUCUCUCAUUUCAAUAGUUGAGCAAGAGAGGGAGAGACCUUGGGUGGGUCGAAAAUGGCGCCGAUCUUCGAGUAUUUUAUAGUAUGUGGAAUUGGACCAGAGAUUCGAACUUUGGAUGAGAAUAAAGGGUUUUAUGGAACUAAUUAUCGUUACUUACCUUCGCUUCUUGAUCAGUUCCCACCUCCCAAUCAUUCUCUUUAUCCUGAUCCUCCUCCUCAGCUUCCGACUUGUGUCUUGCCUGCUGGAGUGGAGUUCUAUGCAUCAGGCUUUGAUGUCAAUGACCCCUCAACAUACCCUCGAACUUAUCCCAUUGUGUUAACUGAGGGUGAUGGCUCUAAAAUUUAUGUGUGUUGUAUUGCUUUUCGGGAUCCAGUCGAUGAAGAUAUUGUUGAAGCACAUCGUAUUCCUUUGAAUUCAUUUGCAGACAAGUGCAUAUGUCUCGUUUCACGUUUACCAAGUUUCCAUGUACUUCGUAAUGCUUUGGAGGAGGUCUUUGCUCUUUGUUUUUCACCUAAAGGAAGCAGCAAGCCAUUGUGGGAUGUCAUUGCCUGUAUGGUUUCCAAUGUUCCCUUGCCUACACCUGGGAAAGAUAGGGUAUUAUUUGCUGUUGAGAACUGCCUACUCUCUGUUGAGGCUCCACCAAGAGAUGGUUUACCUCAUGCUGAUAUAUCCUUUCAGCCAUUGGUACAGUGUUUGGAUGUUGACAACUUGCUCAAGCUCUUCACAGCUGUGCUGCUUGAAAGGAGAGUCCUACUUCGUUCGAACAAGUAUUCACUUUUGACUCUUGUGUCUGAAGCAAUUUGUCAUCUCAUCUACCCAUUUCGGUGGCAGCAUGUCUACAUUCCAUUACUAUUUUUCAGCGGAGUGGACUACAUUGAUGCUCCAACACCAUACAUGAUGGGUCUUCAUUCUGGCGUCGAUACCACUGGUCUUUCAAUGGAUGGCGUUGUUAUUGUAGACCUCGAGUCUAACCGUGUCACCACUUCAGAGGAAAUUCCUCCUAUACCAGAGCCAGAAUUGAGUACCUUACGUGGCGAGAUAUUGAAAUUGCUAUAUCCUAAAGUAACAGAUAUAGACCUGAUAAAGGUGGGCCUCAAUAAAUCAAGUGAGGUGUAUCAUAGAGUUUCUAGCAAGCCAUGGUCAGAAGCGCAUGAUGUUCAACUUAGGAUGAUAUUUCUGAAGUUCCUUGCUUCAAUUUUAUCUGGUUACAGGAAUUUUAUUGAAAAUACAGCAACCAAUGUCUUUAAUACUCAGGCAUUCUUAAAGAAGCGCUCUCGAUUGACUAAUGAACCCCCAGAUCAGAUGAUAUUGCAAUUUUUGGAGACACAAGGCUUUUUGGACUUCCUUGAAAGAGGAGGUUCUGAUGAUAAUAAUAACAACCUUCUUGACAAGUUGCAAGAUGCUAUUGGGAGAGGACAGGAUCCUAUGUCAAUAUUGCCUCCACCUCUGUUGGAGCCAGAAAUUAUUACAAUAUCAGAUCGUAGUGGAGAAUCUGUUGGUGGUUCUCGCUACACAUAUGACAGGUUCCCAUCUAAUAUUAGAGCAGAAGAACAGGAGGAGAAGAGGAAACAGAUUCUUGCUGCAGUUAGUGGAGCCCUUGAUAAUACUGUAAAGCCUACUCGUGAUCGUGGUGAAAGUCUCAGUCCGAGAGAGAGAGCUGCAGAACGUGAGCGCAUGGUAUUGGACAUACAAGUGAAGUUGCAGGGGCUGUGGCUACGUCUUCUGAAGUUAGGAGCAACUGACGAUCCAUUGUCGUCAUUUGAAUAUGGAACUAUUCUUGCUCUGAUUGAAUCUGAUGCAGAUGGCAUUGGUGGAAGUGGAUUUGUUGAGUGUAUAAGGGAACACAUACAUACUGGCUGGACUUGUCAACUGACAGAAGAACAGUUUAUUGCUGUUAAAGAACUGUUGAAAACUGCAAUUACUCUUGCAACAUCACGGAAUGACCUUUCAACAGUUAGAGAUGCACUGGAAGUAUCAGCUGAAAUUUUUAAGAAGGAUGCAAAUAAUGUUUCAGAUUGUGUGCAACGUCAUCUAAUUUCUCUGUCUAUCUGGGAAGAGUUCAGGUUUUGGGAAGGAUAUUUUGAGUAUCUCAUGGAUCAAACCUCCAACAAGCCAUCCAAUUAUGCCACCCUAGUUAUGACACAACUAAUUGUACUAGCUUCACACAUGGCUGGACUGGGACUACCUGAUACUGAUGCUUGGCAAAUCAUCGAGACAAUAGCUGAGAAGAACAACAUAGGGUAUACGCAAAUUAUACAAUUAAGAGGAUUUUUGUCACAUAUCCAUCAACUGCGCUUUGCUUACUGGGGAACUGCCGCUUCAAAAGGACAGUUAUUAUCUUCCUAUGGAGGACAAUCUAUUCAUCUACAAGAUACUGCACAUGACAGUCAGCCAACUACUGAGGCAUCUAGUGUUGGAAGGAGCUGGGUCCAGAGCAUGUUCAGCAGAGAUACAUCAAUAAGAGCACAAUCUUUUACCCGUGUACGGAGUGGACUAUCAGCUGCAAAUGAGGAUAAACAGGAUAUGACAGGCACAGCAGGUCAAAAGAGGCCUCAAACAAAUGUACGCUUGCUUAGGGGUCAUAAUGGCGCAGUCACUGCUUUACAUUGUGUCACAAGAAAGGAGGUUUGGGAUCUUGUUGGUGACCGUGAGGAUGCGGGCUUUUUUAUAAGUGGAAGUACAGACUGUCUGAUUAAAAUAUGGGAUCCAAGUCUUCGUGGUUCUGAGCUUCGAGCAACAUUGCAGGGCCAUACAGGAACUGUGCGGGCGAUAAGCUCUGACCGAGGGAAGAUAGUAUCAGGAUCAGACGACCAAUCCAUCCUGGUAUGGGAUAAGCAAACACACCAGCUUCUUGAAGAACUUAAAGGACAUACUGCAUCAAUCAGCUCCGUACGCAUGCUUUCAGGAGAACGCGUCCUUUCUUCUUCUCAUGAUGGAACCUUAAAAAUGUGGGAUGUGAGAACCGAUGCUUAUGUGGCAACUGUUGGUCGUUGCUCAAGUGCAGUUCUCUGUAUGGAGUACGACGAUUCUACAGGAGUUUUGGCUGCUGCAGGUAGGGAUUCCGUUGCAUACUUAUGGGACAUCCGUGCAGGAAAACAGAUGCAUAAACUCGUGGGGCAUGCAAAAUGGAUCAGAUCAAUCAGAAUGGUUGGAGAUACUUUGAUCUCUGGUAGUGAUGAUUGGACGGCUAGAGUUUGGUCUGUUUCACGAGGCACAUGUGAUGCUGUCUUAGCUUGUCAUGCAGGACCUGUUCAAUGUGUGGAGUAUUCAACAUUAGAGAAGGGAAUCAUUAGUGGCUCAACCGAUGGGAUGAUUCGGUUUUGGGAAAAUGCCGAUGUAGGUAUAAGAUGUAUCAAGAAUGUUACCAUACACUCUGCUGCUAUAUUAUCCAUAAAUGCUGGUGAUCACUGGCUGGGGAUUGGUGCAGCAGAUAACUCUAUGUCUCUAUUUAAUCGCCCUCAAGAAAGACUUGGCGGCUUUACAAGCCCAGGCUCUAAAGUAACUGGAUGGCAACUUUACCGGACACCCCAGAAAUCUGCUGCUGUUGUUAGAUGUGUAGCUUCCGAUCUUGAAAGGAAAAGAAUCUGUAGUGGUGGCCGAAAUGGACUUCUUCGAUUGUGGGAUGUUACUAUAAACAUCUGAGCUUUUGCAUCGACUUUUACAUUAGGAUAUCUUGAAUUCCCUGCUGUGGCAUCGGCUUUUACAUAAAGCUGCCAUUUUUUCGAGGAAGUUUUUCACUAUGUUUCCGGGUUAAGAUGAUGCAAAAUUAUACAAGUAUUAGUUUAUAUGCUCCUAAAAGGUACACUAGAAUUAAUUAAAUUAUUUGUACUUACCUUGGAUAAUAUUUGUAUAUCUAAAGUGUUGAGGACUUUGUUCAUGUAAAACAGAAAUUGUAAACUGUAUAAAAUCUGUUAUCAAAAACUUUGCUUUAAGACAAGCACUGCGGGAUAUAAACCGUGGCAGGGAAAUGAGUGCAACUUUAAUACAAUAUAUUUCCUUUCAUACUGCCUUUUUUUAAAACCUUGUCAAUAAAGGAAAGUUUAAGAGGCGCAAAAGGACUUGCC